UUUUUUUCAAUUUGAAUUAGCAGGAUGUCUUCAGAAAAUAAGACCGCAUCUAUUGCUAGUAAUGAUAAAUUAGCAGCUAGUGAAAAGGACUUUAGUGAACAGCAUUACUCAGACGAUGAGACUUUGAUUGAAACCAAAUCCAUUGGGGUUGAAAAAGCCGAAAUAUUGGCUAAGCAAUAUGAAGCAUGGUAUUACAAGGUCAUCUUAUUAAUAAGUGCCUUUUUAGUUGGUUAUGCUUAUGGGUUAGAUGGUCAAGUUCGAGGAGUCUUAACUGGGUAUGCUACGGAUUCGUAUCUGGCGCAUUCUUUAUUAUCAACCAUUAGUGUUAUUACUGCUUUUGUUGGUGCUGGAUUCCAACCGGUUUAUGCUAGGUUAGCUGAUUUAUUUGGGAGAUUGGAGCUUUUCAUUGUUUCAAUUCUCUUUUAUGUCGUUGGUACCAUUAUUGAAUGUCAAGCAGUUGAUGUUCAAAAAUAUGCUGCAGGGUCUAUUUUUUACCAAAUUGGAUACACUGGGGCAAUUAUAGUUGUUCUUUUCAUUGUAUCUGAUUUCUCUAGUUUGAAAUGGAGAUUAUUCUAUUCAUUUGUACCGGCCUUCCCAUUCAUUAUUAAUACAUGGAUUUCCGGUAAUGUGGUUAGUGCAGUUGGAAUGAAUUGGAAAUGGGGGAUUGGGAUGUGGGCUUUUAUUUACCCCUUAGCUUGUAUUCCUUUGGUUUGUUGUAUGAUUCAUAUGAGAAUUAAAGCUGGGAAAACUGAAGAAUGGAAGGCUUUCAAACAACGUAAAACUAAAUUUCAAGAAUUGGGAUUUAAAGGUUUUGCUAAAUAUAUUUUUUGGAAUUUAGAUAUCAUUGGUUUACUUUUAUUUUUAGUUGGUAUUGGUUGUCUUUUAAUUCCUUUCACUUUAGCUUCUUCUGUCACCACUGCCGGUCAACUUCACUCAAAGUGGAAAAGUGGUUCUAUUCUUGCUCCAAUUGUAGUUGGUGUUUUCUUACUCCCCGUUUUCCUUAUUUGGGAAGGUAGAUUUGCUAAAAAUCCAUUAAUCCCAGUGUUUUUAUUAAAAGAUCGUGGUAUUUGGUCUGCUUCUAUCAUUGCUUUCCUUCUCAAUUGUAUUAGUUCAAUCGAAUCAAAUUUCAUUUAUGCAGUUUUACUUAUUGCUAUUAAUGAAAGUAGCACUUCUGCUACUAGAAUCUCUAGUUUAGCUUCUUUUGUUUCAACCCUUGCUGGUAUAUUUGUUGGUCUUUUCAUGGUUUAUUUCCGUAGAUUGAAAGGCUUGAUUAUAACCGGGUGUUGUCUUUGGUUGGUGGCUUUUGGUCUCUUAUACCAUUUCAGGGCUGGUGAAAGUUCUCAUUCCGGUAUUAUUGGUGGGUUUGUUGUGUUGGGGUUGGGUACUGUUUGUUUCACCUAUCCAAUUGUUGUUAGUGUUCAAACAUGUGUAAGCCAUGAACAUAUGGCCAUUGCAGUUUCAUUUAUUUAUACUUUAUACCGUAUUGGUGCUUCCUUUGGUUCUGCCAUUGCUGGUGCUAUUUGGACCCAAACUUUAUUCAAAGAAAUUGUCAAACAUGGAGUUUCUUUAUCUACUGCAACCUUUGCAUAUCAACAACCUUAUCAAUUCGUUGCGCAAAAUCCUUGGGGUACUAAAACAAGAGAAGGGGUUGUAGCUGGUUAUAAAUACGUUCAAAGAAUCUUCAUGAUUGUUUGUUUAGUGUUAUGUGUUCCAAUGAUUUUAGCCACUUUCUUAUUAAGAGAUCAUAAAUUAACUAAUGAUCAAUCUCUUGAACAAGUCGAAGAAGAACAACAACACGAAUCUCUUUCUGACUUCAUCAGAAAUGCUUUGAAAGGUGGUAAACCCAAAGAAGCGAAAAAUAAAGAAUCCACCCAAGUUUCUAACGUUUAAUCUUUUAAUAUCUCUUUAAUUCUUGUAUAUUCAAUUCUGUAUACUUUUUAAUACUAUUUUG